UUGUAAAAGUAAUCCGUGAAUUACAAAAUUGAAAGGAAAAGCAUUUCAUAGAUAUGCAGUCAAUAUUGGGUCUAGAGGAAUAAUGAAAAUAACAAAAUACACAUCCUGUAGAUUUUUUGUUGUAGUCGUUGCUUUAAAAACAUUCACAAAACAUUCAAAAUGAUGGACAGAAGCACCACCCCGUUGCUUUUAAUACAUAUACAUUUUGUGAAAAUCAGUCAGGAAACAAGAACAGUAAUUUGCAAUGCAGUAUUUAAAGAAUCGAGAAAUCCAAACCGCAAGCCUAUUCAUACACCGCUUCAUCAGUAUCAUGUAUUAUUGUAAAACCUCUCGCAAUAGAAUGGGAAUCCCCGGCCGCUUCACAAUGCUGGCUUAUUGAAAGUAAAAGUAAUAAACACGAACGAGUCUAUUGCUAUGGGCUGGGAGUCACACGGCAGCUGGUGUAACUAAUAGUCUCUCUCAGUCUGGACUUGAUCAUUCUGCUGCAGUGAUGAAUGUGAUCACUGGGGUGAUAUCCUUCCUGGCGUGUGAUAUCGCAGCCAGCUCCCUGCUGCACUGUGGGCUUCUCCUGCUGCCCCUCACACUGGACCCCUUCGGGGCCGAGUCGCUGCUCUGCCUCUGGCUGGUGGCCCUGGUUAAACUGGCCCUGCUCAGUCAGACCUCCCUGAGUCUCCUCUCUCAAGCUGGGAGAGGCAGUGCUGUGAUGGGCCGGGCCCCUCUGCUCUAUGUGGCCACGCUGUGCGCUCUCACUCCAGCUCUCCAGAGCUGGCAGCGGGCGGUGUAUGUGAAGCCCGUGGAGAUCAUCACCGGCUCGCCGUGCCUUGGCUUCUGCCUGCUGGCCAAUGCAGUGACGGCGAUGGCCUGCCUGCUCUGGGAGACCGCGUUCCCCUGCAGUGCCGGGACCAAGACAGAGGGCUCCAAUGGGGAGAAGAAGCAGCAGCAAGCCAAGGACUUGUUUAUGAGGGUGAUUGGAUACUCCAAACCAGACGCCUUCCUGCUGGGAGGCGCCUUCCUGUUCCUGUCACUGGCAGUGAUGUUUGAGAUGUUCAUUCCCUUCUACACAGGGAAGGUGAUUGACAUCCUGGGCUCCAGGUACAAGCAGAACGCCUUCAGCAGCGCCAUCCUCUUCAUGGGCCUCUUUUCACUGGGGAGCUCCCUGUCUGUAGGACUGCGUGGAGGGCUCUUCAUGUGUUCAAUAUCCAACUUCAACAAGAGGAUACGAAUUAUGCUGUUCCAGUCUUUAGUGCGUCAGGAAAUUGGGUUUUUCGAAGCGACUAAAACAGGUGAUCUGACGUCCCGGUUGAACACGGACACCGUGCUGAUGUGCAGGUCUGUCGCCCUCAAUGUGAACGUCCUCCUGCGCACUUUGAUUAAGACUCUGGGCGUGCUGUCCCUCAUGCUGUCACUGUCGUGCAAGCUGACCCUGCUCAUGCUGAUAGAGACCCCGCUUACAGGAAUCAUUCAGAAACUCUACAACACGUACUACCAGAAAUAUUCCAAGGCGGUCCAGGACUCGAUCGCACGGUCCAAUGAGGCGGCGGGGGAGGCGGUCUCUGCUAUUAAAACAGUGCGGAGCUUCGCUACAGAGGACACUGAAGCCAAGAGAUACGACAGCAAGCUGUCAGACACGCAGAGACUCAAGAACAGCAGGGACACCAUCAGAGCUGCCUACCUGCUGUUGAGAAGGCUCAUAGGGUUGGCAAUGCAGGUGCUCAUGCUAUACUACGGGCGACAUCUUAUCAGAGCGGGUGAGAUGAGCACGGGGAACCUGGUGGCCUUCAUCCUCUACCAGAUGAAUCUGGGCCGUAAUAUCCAGACUCUGGUUCACAUCUGUGGUGAGAUGCUGAACUCGGUGGGGGCGGCUGCCAAGGUGUUUGAGUAUCUGGAUCGUAGGCCGCUGGUCUCCACUGACGGCACCUUGCAGCCCGAGACCCUGAGAGGACACGUGCAGUUCAACAACGUCUGCUUCACCUACCCCAGCAGACCCGACGUGCCCGUGAUCAAGAGCGUCUCGUUUGAGCUGCGUCCCGGUGAGAUCACAGCUCUGGUGGGCCCCUCUGGCGGAGGGAAGUCGACGUGUGUGUCUCUGCUGGAGCGCUUCUACCAGCCCCAGAGUGGGGAGAUCCUGCUGGACGGGGCUCCCCUUCAAGAAUACCAACACUCGUACCUGCACAGGAAGAUUGCCCUGGUGGGUCAGGAGCCGGUCCUCUUCGCCGGCUCCAUCAAAGACAACAUCGGCUACGGGCUCCCAGACUGCUCUCUGGAGCAAGCCCAGGAGGCAGCGCGGAGAGCCAACGCACACGGCUUCGUGACGAGCCUGGAGCGUGGCUACAGCACUGACGCGGGUGAGAGGGGGGGGCAGCUGGCUGGAGGACAGAAGCAGCGCAUUGCGAUCGCCAGAGCUCUCGUCAGGAACCCACAGCUCCUCAUCCUGGACGAGGCCACCAGCUGCCUGGACAUCGAGAGCGAGCAUGCGAUCCAGGAGUCUCUGUCUCGCACCCGGGGUCAGACGGUCCUGGUGAUCGCUCAUCACCUGAAGACGGUGGAGAAGGCUGAUCGUAUCAUCGUGAUUGAGGGUGGGGAGGUGCGGGAGCAGGGCUCUCACCAGGAGCUGAUGAGGAGGGAGGGCAGCUAUCACAGGCUGGUGCAGGGGCUCUUCACAGAGACACAGCCCCCGCAAUAGAGGGGCACUGCUGGGGGGCUGGGGGUUACACACACAC